AUGAAAGGGAAGGCAUCAGGCUGUGGAGACGACAGCAGCUGCAUGACAAGGAAUCUUAGAGACAUGCAGGCAUUCCUAGGUGUUUAGGUGACCAGGAAUGUGGACAAUAGCACUAUGAGCAUGACUCAGAGACCAUGGUGUGGUGUUCCUGACAUAGCAAACUACCAGCUCUUUCCAGGAGAGCCCAAAUGGGAAAAGAAUAUGGGGGUUUCUUUUUCUUUCUUCUGCUAUUAUUUGGUACAUCACCAUGGCUCUUAUCCCUUUGAUGGCCCACAUGGGACCCUGGCACAUGCUUUUGCCCGUGAAGGACUGGUAGGGGACAAUCAUUUUGACAGUGCAGAGAAGUGGACCAUGGGAACAAACGGAUUUAAUUUAUUCACUGUUGCUGUCCAUGAAUUUGGACGUGCUCUGGGCCUCAGCCAUCCAACUGAUCCAUCUGCUUUCAUGUAUCCUACUUAAAAAUACCAGUCUUCAUUUGGAUUUUGUUUGCCAAAGGACAAUGUGAAAGUGAUACAAGCAUUGUAUGGAACAUUCUGCUCACUGACCAUUCCUUCCUUUCCUCAGCUCAUAUUAAAUCUUGUUGCUGCUUAUGAAGUUCCUGAGAGGGGUUUGGUUUAUUUUUUCAAAGGCCCUCAUUACUGGGUAACUCAAGGAUUUCAAACACAGAGCCCCUCUUAUACCAUCUCUGACUUAGGGUUUUUCAAAAAAGUGCAGCACAUUGAUGCAGUGGACUACCUGAAGAAAGAAAAGGAGAUGCUCUUCUUUGAGAAAGAAGAGAGCAAGAGAGGUCACAGAGAUGUCGUAAGUCCUAGGCCCUUAAUCAGCAGAGAAUGUGUUAGAAAGAUGGGAAAAGACCAUCCAAAAAGUAUUCAUAAAGAGUUCAGAGCAAUCAGUAGCAAAGUAGAGGCAGCACUGGAAGUGAAUAAUUUUAUUUACUUCUUUUCUGGUCCAAAAGCCUAUAAAUAUGACAGAGAGAAGGAAAAUGUGAUUAAUAUUGUGAAAACCAGUUCAAAGAUUGGUUGCUGUAUCAGCCCUCAGCAGAUCAGCGGAUGA